AAUUCAUUUUUAAAAGUCACGAUGACUUUCUACUCAAAAUUCAUUGAUCCGCUGGAAGGCUGAAUUUUAAAAUGGGUUCAAACUACAAAUUAAAACAAUCGGAUAACAAAUCUUCGUCUUCAGUUGAGGAUGGCAAUGCAGAAAUUUCAUACGCAAGGAAUAGCGAUUCCAGUGAGUGUUGUGCCAAAACUAAUUUGUUUUCAAGAUAUCUUGGACCAUCGCCAGACGAAACUAUAUUGACUGGUGUUCAAACAGUGUUAAAACUAUGCGGAGACUUUGGAUUUAAGUGUAUGAAUAAGUGUCAAGAUGAGGUUGUUCAAACGCCUUCGGGAGAUACAAGCAAUUUACAAUUGAAAAUUGAACUAGAACAUCAAGAAAAUCUGUACCAGAUGGAAAACCAGUCGAAAACUAAGGACCAAAACGAACCUAAACAUAAAAAUUCUAAAAGUAAAAAUUCUGAGAAAAAUGCUGAAAAAAAUAAUGAUCAAUCGAAAGAUGUUGCAUCGCCACCAGAAAAGGAUGGAGAACCAAAUAACUCAAAACAAAAUGAAAAGAGUAUAAUGAAAUCUCAUGUUCACAUAUCUGAAGAUAAAAAAGUGGAAGAUAAUUCAUCCAAAGAAAAAGUUCCGUAUUCAAAUACUGUUGAAGCAGGUUCACAAAACGGCUCAGAUGUAGAACCCACGACAUCUCAAAAAGCAAUUAGCUUCUAUGGAUUUAAUAAACAAAGUGUGAGGAAUAGUUGUCCAAAUUGUUGUUGUCCAAGCUGUUUAAACGAAUUUGGAAAUAGGACAAAAGAGAAAUAUAAAAAUGUAAAGAACAAAAUUAACAAACACAAACAGAUUCAAAAGGAACCACUAAUAUCUUGCGAGUGUCCGGAAUCUAUACCGUAUUGCAGAUGCCAAGGUGUUUGUAGGCCCGUGGCUACUUUUGAAUUUGCUGACAACGUGAAAGUCCCUAGCAAGAAUAAAUUUGAACAACAACCGUCAAAGAUUGCAAAAAAAUAUAGCACUAAUUGUUGUGCUCGUUGUUGUGCUGAACAAAGAAACGGUUCCAAUUCAGGAAGUGUUGAUGGAUCAUCAACUUGCAUUUAUAGUGAGGCAGAGUCAAAAUCAAGAAUUCAUUGUCCACCUCCAGAAACUUCCGGAACGGUUCUUAGAGAGCGCUAUGCCAUUACUAAGAUAACCGACUUUCAUAAUUACACUACGUUUGAGGUGAUGAGAGCCACCAAAAGGAAACCGAAGGUACUUCCAGAAUCUUUAGAAGGUGUUUUUGUUUUAAGACAUAAAAAUUAAACGUCUACUGUGGAUGUAAAAUAAAUUAUUGUGAUGAA